CCACCCACAUGUUAAAGGGAUCAGUCUCCAUGUGCAGCUCUUUUAAUUUAUUCAUUCAUUGCAGUGUUUAGCCAAGAAAAACUUGCUUCUCUCGUGCUCUCUUUUGUUCUUUUCCCCCUUCAUAAAGACAAUCACCCAUCCUCUUUAAUGAUUUUGUCUCCUCAUCCUUUUCUUUUACCUCAAUUUCUUUCCUUUUUUCCAUUUACAUUUUCCUGCAAAAACAACAAAUAAACAGAUGCAUUUUGACUUUUUAAUAUCAAACCAGCUUAAAAAGAUUGAAAAAUGGUACCAGAAGGUUUGAGAUCAAAAGUAAAAAAUGGUUUAUCCCCAACUGUUGGAUCUUGAUCUAGCAUCAUUGGCUGAUGAUGAUGAGUGGUGUUGUUGUUGCCAUUUUCUCAGUACUUUAAAGUACAACACUGUCCUUUGCCUUUUGGUUCCAUCAUCCCAUGUGGCUUUAAUAUAAUUUAACCCAUCUGAAGAGAGAGAGAGAGAGAGAGAGAGAGAGAGAGAGACUGUCUGCUGUGUGUGAAUAACUCAAAGCUACAUGAUGGGUAUUAAUAAAAUGGUGCAUUUGUUGGCUUAGUGUUGACUUUAUUUCUGCAAUAUCUAACAAGAUGGGAAGUGUGGAUAGUUUCUCUUCAGUUGAUGAGUACAGAUUUGAUGCCAAAUGGUUGAUUGAUCCUCAACAUCUUUUUGUUGGCCCAAGAAUUGGAGAAGGAGCUCAUGCCAAGGUCUAUGAAGGAAAAUAUAAAAACCAGAAUGUUGCCAUUAAAAUCGUCCACAGAGGUGACACACCCGAAGAAAUUGCUAAAAGAGAAUCGCGGUUCAUGAGAGAGGUUGCUACCUGGUCUAGAGUCCAACACAAGAACCUGGCAAAGUUCAUAGGGGCCUGUAAAGUGCCUAUGAUGGUUAUCGUUACUGAGAUUCUAACAGGAGGAUCUUUACGUAAAUAUAUGCUAAACAAACGGCCAGGUAGCUUGGACAUGCAUGUUGCUAUAGGUUUUGCACUCGAUAUUGCUCGUGCGAUGGAGUGUCUGCACUCUCAUGGGAUCAUUCAUCGAGAUCUAAAGCCUGAAAACUUGGUCUUGACAAAAGACCAAAGAACACUUAAACUUGUAGAUUUCGGAUUAGCAAGAGAAGAGUCAGUAACAGAGAUGAUGACAGCUGAAACAGGAACGUAUCGUUGGAUGGCUCCAGAGUUAUAUAGUACAGUCACACUAAGGCAAGGAGAGAAGAAGCAUUACAACCAGAAAGUAGAUGCUUAUAGCUUUGCCAUUGUACUGUGGGAACUUCUGCACAAUAAAAUGCCAUUUGAGGGUAUGUCGAACCUACAGGCUGCAUAUGCUGCAGCUUUUAAGAAUGUGAGGCCAAGCUUGGAAAAUCUACCAGAAGAUUUAGCAAUAAUUCUGAGUUCAUGUUGGAUGGAGGAUCCAGAUGCUCGACCAAACUUCAGCCAGAUCAUACAAAUGCUGCUACAUUAUUUUUCCACGAUUUUGCCGUCAAAAUCUAUGAUCCCUUCUCGGCUUUUCACAGAUGAAAAUGCUCCAAUGUCCCCAGACUCUCCAGGUACAAGCGCUUUGAUGGCAGUGUGCAAUUAUACAGGAGAUACUCCAAGAGGUGAAAUGGAAAACAAGCCAAAAGGUUUCUUUUUCUGCUUCAAUCAGUGCUAUUGA